AUGAAUAUUAAAAGAGUAUUAUCAUUAGAUGAGGCGUUAUAUUUGGCAAAAGAGGCCGGAAUUACAACAAAAGCUGAGAUUCAAAAACUUAUCAUCUAUUCUCCUUCAUUUUCCAAUGAUAAAUCACCGUUUCUAAUUAGUAACUUUUUCAAAAACAGGUCUACUCAGGAUUCUUCUGAAGUUGAAUCUGAAGAUUUGAAACCUGAACCUGAAAAUUCAGAAUUUAAUAUGAAAAUUGAACCAGAAUCUGAAAUUUCAAAUUUUGAUAAAAUCAUCGCAUCCAAACUUGAUCCAAAUUCUCUCAACUUGUUUUGGUAUAAUAAUAAUUGGUGGCGUGUAUAUUCUGAAGGUUUUGGUACUUGUAUGAGAUCUACAAGUCAUGUUAUACUUAAUCGUGGUUCAGGAAUUGUUAAAAUUAAUGGUGAAGAAGAUCUUUAUAAACGUUGGCCUUUAUUCUAUAAUCGUAUGGAUGUAUUGGAACCGUUUUAUAUAUCAGGUUGUGCUGGUGUUUAUGAUCUUUUUAUUAAGACAAAAGGUGGUGGUACUACUGGUCAAUCUAGAGCUACAAGACUUGCAGUUGCUAGAGCUUUAGUUAAUUCUAAUCCUUCAUUACAUUAUUAUUUAAAAGAUUCAUUAUAUGAAGAUUUAAGACAAAAAAUGCCUAAAAUGCCUGGUAGAAUAGGUGCUAGAGCACAGAGGAAAUGGGUUAAACGUUAA